GGAGUUCGAAAUGAACUUCCUUUCGUGAAUUCCCCUAGAAUAAAAUUACUUUAAUAUGCCACGCGGCAUCAGCUUCUUGCUCCACGUCUGACACGUGUGACGCGCAAAUGUUACAGAUGUCUGCUUCGAUUAGUGUUUUCACUCCAUUUCUGCUUACAACCGUCUUCUCUAAUCUCACACUCACACUCUCACCCAGAAACACAGUUGCAAAAUUAAUGGGGCACAACUUGGAGACGAGAUCGUUGAUGGAUGAAGUGAGGAGCUUCAACAGUGCCGGAGGUCUCUUCGAUUUUGGUCAUCCUCUUCUCAAUCGGAUGGCCGGAAGUUUCAUUACCGCCGCCGGCAUCGGAGCAGUUCAGGCGGUUUCACGCGAAGCAUGUUUCACUGCUCUCGAAAAUGCAAGUGGAGACGAAACCAGAAUCUCCAGUAAAAGGAAGUUCCGAGGCCUUCAUGGGGAAACUAGCAGAAACUCUGUUGAAGCCUUGGUGACAAGCACAGGGAAAGAAUCUAUACAAUGGGGUCUAGCUGCUGGGAUGUACUCUGGUCUGACGUAUGGUUUAAAAGAAGCUCGAGGGGUUCAUGAUUGGAAAAGUAGUGCAGUGGCGGGAGCAAUCACGGGUGCAGCUCUGGCACUUACAUCUGAUGAUUCGUCUCAUGAACAAAUUGUGCAGUUGGCCAUCACAGGUGCAGCUGUUUCAACAGCUGCAAAUCUUCUCACUGGUAUAUUCUAAUUUAAAUGUAUGUAUGUAUCUUCUGAUAUGUUUUUAUGGUUUUAAGUGUGUUUACUUUUUUUUUUUUUUUUUUUUAAUCGUAGCUACUAUUUUUAUUAAUUAAUGGAUUUAGUGGGGAUGAUUUGGUGCUUGAUGUUCGAUUUUAGUUUGUUUAUUGUUUUUCUAGAUGUGUAAAAUAAUAAAUUUAGUAAUUGAAUGUGCAUGGAGGCAGUAUAUAUCAUAAAAAUGAUAAAGAAGUUAUUUAU